CUCCUCUCAACUUCAACGUUUGCUUAGUGAUUAACUUAAAUUAAGUUAAGUCUAACAACACGCUCACAAUCUGAUAAUUUAAGACAUGGAGAGUGAGGCAACUCUGAUGAUAUUGAGUGAUGAAGAACAAGAUUCGAUUGUAGAAGUUGUUGAUGACAGUCUCAAUCUAAGUAACGAAGUGAACGAGUGCAGAUCACUCCCGUCUGGUCUUCAACAAUUGUCUAUAGCCGGACCUUCAACUUCAAAUCCAUCUGAGGGAGUUGUAUGGUUUACCGCUGAAAAACAACCAGAUUCACAGUCUAAAAGUAAAAGAAAUGUCCCGUCAGUUCAAGUGCAGCCGACAAGGGGAAGCCAAAGGAUUAAAACAGUUCCAAAUACGUUUGAGUUCGAAAGUUCCGAAGAUAACAGCUACAAAUGGUCAGAAAGAGACAAGCGAUUGUUUUUGGCUGGAUGCCUGGAAUGUGGCAUCGAUGAUGUUGACAGUUUAAAACGAUAUCUGCCUCACAAGAGGGAGCAGGAUAUUAAACGACAGAUAAAUAUGUGGAAAGCAAUUGCUUUAAAAAAAAUUAAAAAUGAACUUUCAUCAGACAACGAUAAUUUAAAUUACGAUAAAGAGAAGAUUAAGAACCUGGAUGAAUGGAUUGAAAAUUUCAGUAAAGAUAAAAGUAAAGCAGAAAAAAGCGAUAUGAAUGCUUUUUUAGAUUAUUUCUUGAUAAUUGCUGAAUAUGGAGAUCUACCAUCAGUGGAGGAAUGUGGAGGAGUUGAUCCCAGGGCCAUGUACCGGUACCUCUACUGCAUGCUGAAUGGUAUCCCUCCAUAUGGAUUGGACCCAAAAACGGCAAAAGUGAUUCAAAUGUGUAUUAACAAUGUUAUGAAGAUAAUUAAUAAUCCCAAGAUUGUUAAGGAAAUGGGAGAAAAAUUAUUAGACCCACUGACCAAUCCCGACAAAAACAAGUUUGGCAAGACUUAUGGUAAAAAGGAUAAGGGUGCUGGUGCUGAGGAAAAUUUGUUUCUUUCGAGUUCUGUAUACAACCCACUCAAGCUUUCAACUAAAGUGCCUAUUCCAAAUCCAAAUGCUACUGGUACUUCAGAUGAGGAAGAUGCUGAUUAAGAAUUAAGUGAAAAAGUUCCUCACAAAAAACUAAAUGAACACCUUUAAACGGAAAGGGACCAAGCACCAUCGGUCUGGUUUUGAGAAAAAGGGGCUCAAAGUGUUUUGUGGGUCCAAAACUCCUUUACUACCUUACCUUAAGUAUUUUAUCAUUUUUCAUUUUUAUACCUGUGCAUUUUUUCUAAUUAAAAUCAACUGUUGUAGGCCUAUAGUAACAGUGUGUAUUUUUUAAAGUUAUAAAAAAUAGUGCUUGGUUCCUUUCUUUCUAAAGAUUUGUUGAUUUGUGAAUUAAUGUUAAAGGACCUAAGUCCAUGUUGUCUGUUAAUUUUAUGGCAUUUUUUUAAGUUUAGUAGUUUUAUGAGUAAAAAGUAAUAUUAAUAGAAAAAUAAACCAUAGUACCCUUUUUUUAAUUAUUUUCAAUGACUAGUGAAAAGUAAUAGUAAAACUCAAGUUGCGACUGAAUAAAUUGGUAUGCUAAUAUACAAAUUUUACUAAACUCAGGGUAUAUUUUUUAGUGUAACACAUUGCUGGUGUGUAGGUUAAUAAUUUGCAUGAAAAUUUAUUUCAAAAUUCAAAUCUGUGUUAAACCGCACUAUAUUAUCGCACACACUGGGAUCUUCAAAAAAAGUUUCUGUAAGAUUGCUUACCGUACUAUCAAUUGGCAUGAGAAUUAGCAUAGACUUUUGGGUCCUUCAUUUUGGACUGGGAAACUCCUUUCUUAUUUGGCUGUAGAAGACCCAAGCCAUAAGAAAAUACCGCUUUAGAACAUGGUCUGCUUCUUGAAGCUUUCCUGAAAAUGUUGAUUUCCUGCCGAGAAAAGUGCUUCUUUUUGCACUUUUGAUUUGAUAAAAUUUAUUUUUCAUCAUUGAUAUUAGUUUUGCGAUUUUUUUGGACUUAACUUUCAGCACUCAGGAAAAGUCUUUGGUUGUCACAUUGUUUACUAUGAAUAAAUACAUUUAUUCUCCUGGAUGUUUUUUAUUAUCUUGAUGCAAUCCUCGUCAGUGUAGUUGGGUUUAAGAAGGCAUCAACAUUUCCAUGUCAUGUUUCAGCAAGACCCUACUUCCUGAGCUUUUUUCAGCUGUACCUUCAACAAAAUUUUAAAAGUUAAAGUGACCUUUGUUAAUUUUUCCCGAAUGAACUCAACAUCAUAAUCUGGCGCUUGUAACGUACAAUAUUUUGUAGGGAUUUUUAGUAAAGUACCGUUUUUUGUAGAUCAAACGAAAGUGUUCCCUUAUUUGCCUCUUCCUCAGCACACCUUAAAUCUUGAUCAAACUCUUCUCUAACUUUUUCUACCGAAAUUAAGUGUUCAUCAUGUUCCCGACUUUGGUUUUGUUUUAUUUCUUCAUUAGUAGCAGAAUCCAAUUGAGCUUUAGGAUAAUCACAGUUUGAAUAAGUGCCCAUUUUUGUGUGGUUUUUUUUUUCAUAGAUUAUUUUAUCACCAUGGCAAUAGGCAUGACAUUGCUGCCAUGGUGUUGUAUUAGAGGAGGCAAUGAUAAUUAAUAUUUAUUUAAUAGUUGUUUUUUACACUGUCUUGUUAAAGCAUAGAGUAAAAAGAACCAUAUUGUUUUAUUCUUUUCUGUUUAUUACAGUAUACUCGAUAAAGCAUUUUACUUUUUUCUUGAUCUCUUCCUGCUAAUUGACAACACUAGUUUAAGCAGAUUUGUAUUACUAUAUAAGAUAAUGCUCACCAAGUUAGCGCAAAUAACUCAACUCAAUUUUGUCAAAAAUAGCGCUUGGUUACUUUGCGUUUAAAACAUCCAAAUGUCUUGUGUUAGACAUUUAUUUUUAUGUAUGUAUUUUAUGAAAGAUGAUAAUGCAAGUACAAUUUUUAGUUAUGCGUACAUUUUUUUUACUAUUUGUAGUUAAGAGAGUUGUAAAA